AUGGAGGAGAAGGCUGCGAGGAAGAGGAAGAUGCCCCGAGACACUCAGGCAGAUGAGGAGGAACUUCCUGAUGGGGAUAAGCCCCACAAGUGCUUGGAGUGUGGGAAGAGCUUCAGGCGGAGCAGCACGCUGAUCAGCCACCAGAUGAUCCACAGUGGGGAAUGGGCCUACGAGUGUGGGGAGUGUGGGAAGGGCUUCAGCUGCAGCUCAAAACUUGUCAGGCAUCAACGCAUCCACACUGGGGAGAGGCCCUACGAGUGUCCUGAGUGCCAGAAGAGGUUUCACGCCCGCUCCAAUCUCCUCCAGCACCAGCGGAUUCACACAGAUGAGAGGCCCUUACGCUGCUCUGACUGCGGGAAGGGCUUCAACCGCAACUCCCACCUUGUCACCCACCGGUGUAUCCACACUGGGGAGAGGCCCUACGAGUGUCCCCAGUGUGGGAAGAGCUACAGACAGAGCUCUCAUUUGACCAGACACCAACACAGUCACCAGUAA